AUGCUUAUAUACUCACAGGAUGAGAAGGUAAGACAGGCAAACGUUCAUAUAAAGUUAGGGAGUAAGUGGUCAGCAAGCUUGGCUGUAGAGGAUGCAGAAACCAGGGUCAGACACAAAGAAGGAUCGGCCAGUGUCCUCCUGUUUGAACCAAGCUUUGUUAGCGACUGGACAACGAUAGAGACACAAGCUUCAACAGAAGUCAAAUUCACGCAUGAUUUCGGAGAGCUUCCGGUCAAAGUAGUUGCGGAACUGAAACUUAACAUCAAUGGAGAAGAUCUAAUCUUCAACGCAUUGGGAAGUGCUCAAAUUGAUGACGACAGUUAUCAGGGAACAUUGUAUGGAGGCAUUAUUUGUCUGUACAACGAAGAUUUGAUUCACGUCUUUGCCCCAAAGUCUGCGAGCAACCCGAUUGGUCGGCUAGCAUAUGUAGGUGAAACUGGCUGGAAAGGACCCCUAUCUCUGAACCCCAACGAUACCAGAUCGGGACAUGUCCGUGUGAAAGCGUGGAAAGCGUGGGAUUUUCCUAGACCGGACUUUUACCACCCUUGGACUGAGCUGGACGUUUUAAACCAUAACUUAAGUUUCCACGAGAUUCCACAUAACCUUGGCAGAUACCCUGAUUACGUCAUCGUACAAAUCAAUGGCACCAGGUCAGGGAUGACGGCAGAAGCCAUAGGUUCUAUCAGUGUACUAAAACAGUACCAUGGCUACAUGGUGCUAGGUGGUGUGAUGUUUGGUUACUCGGAUACAGCAAUACGAGUUUGGGCUCCUGUGUACUUACCAAUAUCUACAUCACAUACAGUUAAUUUGAUCAGCACUUCUGACGGUUGGGCGGUCAGUACGGCCGACUGGAUAUAUGAUGGUCAGGGACAGAUGAGGAUAUUUGCCUGGGUAUUCGACGAAUCACCUCUUUAUGCGACCUCGUUUUCAGCACAGCAUUUUGAUUUCAAUCAAAGUAUUUAUAUAGGGGAUGUACUCGACAUAGACACGACGCUGGACCAAGUCGAAGCCCAGGUGUUGGAAGGACCGAAUAUAGGCUAUAGGUUUCCAGCAGUUGGUUCAGUCUCCAAUGAUGGUUUCUUCGGACCUUACGGAGGACUUAUUUACGCUAAAUCAUCGACAAAUGUGUCGCUAUGGGCACCUGUUGUUGGAACGGAAGGAUACAUCUUCCAUCUUAGUGAACUUGGUCAUUGGGGCUCUACGGAAACCUACCAGACAACAAAUAAUGUGGAUAUCCGGAUAAUAAUUUGGCAGGAAUACCUUAUAGAAAACGUCACCUGCCCAAUCGAUCGUCUGAGUGACUUUGAAGCGGCGUCUAACACCGACGUUGUCGUACAUGACGUGGUUUACAACGCCAACAUAACGUUUGGGUGUCAAUAUGGAUACAUGUACGACGGAGGUAACACGUCUGCUACUUGUGAUCGAUACGGAGAUUGGAACUCUCUAAAUAACGCCACCAUCAGCUGUAAACUUAUACUGUGUGACGCCAACAACUUGAGUUCCCCGAACGCACAAGUUCAUUUACCGGUGGUGAGUCAUCUCGAUGACGUUGUGACGUAUGGGUGCGACCCUGGCUACGAGCUGAUUGGAGGAAACUUGUCACGUGUCUGUUUAUCGGAUGGAACGUGGAGCGGUUCUGCACCUCUUUGUCAAUUUGUAACGACAACCACGAUAGCAGAAACAACGACUCCAGUCUUAGAAACAACGACAACAACAGCCUGUACUCGAAAUGGACUGGAAGUGCCCUUUGCGGAGAUGACUAUUUCAGAUACAGGAGAUACAGUGACGUAUACCUGUUUGCCCUACUACCCCCACAUUGAUGGAAAUCUGACUAGAACAUGUAAAUCGGACGGAACAUGGAGCGGAAUGGCACCUGUCUGUGAAUAUUGUCUCUGUCCGUGUUCCGACAACAGCACAGUCCCGGAGGCAACACUUACCCAGCUUCUCCAGGAACUUAAAGAUGCUCUCACCGUAGAACCGUCAAAAACCUCGCUAGCCAUUCGGAAGAAAAUCAGUGUUUAUGAAGACCGUGCUAGUGCUAAAGGUCUCGGAGCUUUAGGUGUGGCUGUACUAGUGUGUGUCAUACUACUCAUUAUCGUUCCCGAUAUACCCCGGAUCGCCUCAGACAUCAGGCAUUGA